UCCUUUUCUUAAUCUUUUAAACUAGUUUCUGUUUGUUUCCGAGAAAAUGCCAAGAGAAAAAGAAAGAAAGGAAAACAAACUUUAAUCUCAGAGUUUGAAACUUUCACCGUAUCCCUUCUCAAUCACGCAACUUAAUCCAUGUGGGUCAUUUUCACUGUAUUACGUAACUUCAUCCAUAAAUGGGGGUGUCUGGCCUGUUGUGGGCUGUGAGGGCGCUUGUUCUUCUUCAAUUUGUUACUGGGAUUCUUGGUUGGGGAAAGGAAGGUCAUUAUGCUACUUGCAAAAUUGCAGAGGGGUAUCUAACUGCAGAAGCUCUAGCUGCAGUGAAGGAAUUGCUUCCAGAGUCUGCUGAAGGUGAUCUUGCAAAUGUUUGUUCUUGGCCUGAUGAGAUCCGAUUCCACUAUCACUGGAGUAGUGCUUUACACUAUGUUGAUACGCCAGAUUUCAGGUGUAACUAUGAAUACUUUAGGGAUUGUCAUGACUCUUCUGGACGUAAAGAUAGAUGUGUUACUGGAGCAAUUUAUAACUACACGAACCAACUUUUAUCGUUAUAUCAGAAUUCCAAUUCAGAGUCAAACUACAAUUUGACGGAGGCACUUAUGUUUUUAUCACAUUUUAUUGGAGAUGUACACCAGCCCCUGCAUGUAGGUUUCCUUGGAGAUUUGGGAGGAAACACAAUACAAGUCCAUUGGUACCGUAGGAAGUCAAACCUGCACCAUGUAUGGGACAACAUGAUUAUUGAAUCAGCCUUGAAGACAUUCUACAGUUCAGAUCUUGCGACCAUGAUACGGGCCAUUCAGAAUAAUAUAACAGAAAAUUGGUCCAAUCAACAACCACUAUGGGAGCAUUGUGCACACAACCACACAGUCUGUCCAAACCCCUAUGCUUCUGAAAGCAUUAGUUUGGCAUGCAAGUUUGCAUACAAGAAUGCCUCGCCUGGAAGCACUCUGGAAGAUGAUUACUUUCUUUCCCGGCUGCCCGUUGUGGAAAAGAGACUAGCCCAAGGGGGCAUUCGGUUAGCUGCCACCCUGAACCGCAUUUUUGCUUCUUACGUGAAAAUUGCUCAAGCAUGAAGAUAAAGAGAGAAAGAAGCAUCUUCAGUUGCUUACACAGAGCGGGGACCACCGCUCCAAUUUAUAUAUAGCACGAACUUACCUUAUGCGUAAUACUUUACUCAUUGUCAGCUCUGUUGAGCAAGCUCCGAACUAAUCUUUUAAACCAAUUCUUGAUUUCAUUCCUGUUAUGCGGUACGCAUUGUCUUGGAUAUUCCCGAAUAUGCCCUUCUUGCACAUGGAAAAUGUCAACUUGAAGGGUACUCAAGAGUGGAAUUUAAUGCUUGUACUCAAUAAGAACCCUUCUUUCUUUAUUGUGUAAAUGUAACCGAACCUUUUCUAAGCUUUUUAUAUAUGUAUCCAAAACUCAAAUUAGUGGCUCA